GUCUUUUGUUAGUGAUGUGAUAGAAGUUGAAGAUAAAAUGUUCCAUAGAAUUCCAUAAUUUGUUGGAGUGAAGUAUUUUGACAUGACUUAUUGGUGUUCAUUCUCAAGGAAAUGGCAUAAGCUCAAGUGCAUCAGAGAGGAUUUUGCGUGAGCUUUUAUAAUAGAACCCUUAGCUUUGUGAGUAGGUACUUAUACAAAAAUCAAUAGUAGUAUGGGGUAAACAUUAGAAGCAUUCAAUCAUUUGGUGACAAUAUUCAAUGUUUUGGAAUAUAAGGAAUGUCAGAUGUUUCGAAGGUUAAGAUGAAUAGCUUACAACAGGUUAAAUACAAAUGUUUUAUGGAUUCUGACUUUUUGGUGUAAUCUACUGCAGGAUGUAAAGGAUGAUGAUAGCAUGAUAGAUUUCAUAGAAUCUUUACAAGGAUAAGACUUUCACAGUAUGGAUCCUUUUUUUUUGUACACAGGAGUUCCUGAUAUUUGUAUCGACUUAGUGCAAAGUUGUUCUCUUUCUAAUCCAUAUCUUACCUUUUCAAAAAAGAACAAAAAAAUAAAGCAUUUGACAUUGCUCAGUGGUGUUCAUUCUCUUGUGGAUAAGCUCAGGUGGGUCCAAAAUUUAAAGCUGUUCCAUGUUUUUGUUGUUGCUUCGGAGGGGUAGAGGUAGGCCUAAGAAGUAUAGGGGUGAGGUGAUUAGGCAAGAUAUGACGCAACUUUAGCUCAUCGAGGACAUGAACUUGAUGGGAGGGGGUGGAGGUUGGAGAAUAGAGUAGGAGGGAUAGUGGGUAGGGGGGUGUAUUUCCUUCCCAUUCUCAGAGUAUUGAUAUUUUUCUUCUUGUUUUUCCCUUUCUUUAGACUACUAUUACUACCUGUUAAUUAUUAUUUAACCUCGUUAUCUUAAUUUCUUCUUGCUGUUUCUGCGUGUUAUUGCUGCCUCGUUUUCAUUGUUCAUUCAGCCGAGGGUCUACAUCAACAACCUCUCUUUACCUUCUCAAGGUAGGGGAUUGUAGGUGGUUUAGUAAUUCUGUGCACAUUUAAUAGGGAAAUUUUUUAACUUUCUAGUCUUUUACAUCAACAACAUACACGCACACGCGGAGUCUGUGAGCAGACUAUUCCUCUGUUUCUCUGCUUCUCUCCCUGUUUGCAGUGAACGUUGAGUCAGGUUACUACGCUGGGAUUAGAUUUGUCAAAGGCUUGCUAAAGGCUGUGAUGGAGCCACCCUUGUCCAAAGGACACCCCUUCACUGCAAAAUUACAAUGUGGAUAGUGCAGCACAAAGGAAUUCAAAAAUUGCUUUGGAUUACACAUUCAAAUCUCAGGUAUCUCUAACUCUGUCUACUCAUAAUUUAAACAGGAAAAAAAACAAACAGAGAUACACAGAACUUCUUGUACAAAAUGUGUGAUAUCAAGAAGGAAACUUUACUUAACAAAAACAAGGAAAUUGAAAGAACAGUAUCAAAUGCCUAUGAUGAAUUACGAAGUUUCAGAACAUGGUUGAAAUGGAUGUGUGUGGAUCAAUCCAACGCGUUUUCUGCUUUUCUUUCUUGGUUUGUUUUCAUACUGUUAGCUGUAAUCGUCCCUUGCCUUUCACAUUUUCUUCUGGCAAUGGACGAUAGUGAUGCUGCACACAGUCGUCCAUAUGACGACGUUGUGCAGCUAUCACUUAGCAGUGUUGCUGCUUUGUCAUUUGUUUGUCUUUCUCAGUUUGUUAAGAAAUAUGGUCUGAGAAGGUUUUUGUUCCUUGAUAAGCUUUGUGAUGAAAGUGAAACAGUUAGAAGAGGCUACACUGAACAGCUCAAUAGUUCACUAAAGAUCUUAUUCAUAUUUGUCCUGCCAUGUUUUGCUGUUGAAUGCGCGUACAAGAUUUGGUGGUACAGUUCGGGUGGUACACGAAUCCCCUUCUUGGGCAACGUCAUUGUGAGUGACACUGUCGCGUGCAUUCUAGAGCUGAGUUCUUGGCUUUACAGGACGGUCGUGUUCUUCCUAGUCUGUAUACUUUUCCGGUUGAUAUGUUACCUUCAAAUUCUCCGUCUACAAGAUUUUGCUCAGGUGUUUCACGUGGAUUCUGAUGUUGAAUCGGUGUUGAGAGAGCACCUGAGAAUUAGGAGGCACUUGAGGAUCAUUAGCCAUAGGUACCGGUCAUUUAUCUUGUGGGCAUUGAUGCUCGUUACAGCAAGCCAAUUCGCGUCCCUUCUCAUGACCACACGCUCAACUGCAGAUCUUCAUAUUUAUGAAAGUGGUGAACUCGCGCUCUGCUCUGUCAGCCUUCUUGCCGGGCUGAUGAUACUGUUGCGAAGUGCAACCAGAAUUACACACAAGGCUCAAUCCGUUACGUGCCUUGCAGCCAAGUGGCACGUAUGUGCAACGAUAGACUCAUUUGAUUCAACUGAGGCUGAUACACCAAUUACUCGAGCGACCUGUGACCACAUUUUUCCUGUAUGUUCUGAAGGAUCAUCUGAUGCUGAUGAUGUUGGAGAUGAAGAAGACGAGUUGGACAAUACGAAAUUCGUCCAUGCAUAUGCGUAUAGCACAAUUUCAUUCCAAAAAAGACAGGCAUUAGUGACAUAUUUUGAGAACAAUAGAGCAGGAGUAACAAUUUAUGGAUUCAUGCUGGAUAGAAGUUCUAUUCACACUAUAUUUGGGAUUGAAUUAUCACUAGUUCUUUGGUUGCUUGGGAAAACCAUUGGCAUUUCUUGAACUAUUAUUAGCUACACGCUAUGUUGCUCGGAUUUUACACACCUGGUGAUAUUUUUGAAGAGUCCUAGCAACAUAGUCAGUCAAAACCGGACUUUUUGACGUGUUGGAGUAUAAAGACUAGUGCUAGCCUCUAGGCUCUGAUUCAUUCUUCUUCAUUUCAUCAUUUUGUUGUGUUGUUCUGAUCAUAGGUCUAGCGAGCUAUUUAAUUGAUUGUUCAAAUUUUAUAUCAUUUAUGAUAUCAUAUAUUUUUUUUAA